CAGUGUGCCCUGCUGCUCCUCUCUGAAAGUAUUCCCGGUCUGUGCUGGUCAAUGUUCAGUGGUUACGUAGCCUUUAAGGAGUUCGGUUCAAUUCCAUUACCUCUUGUGAGUGACAAAAGGAGUAACAUUGAACACCAACUACUACACAAAGAUAGGCAAGAAAGAAACCACAGUGGGGACGUCGCUUGAAAAGGAUAUUCCUCUGAAGAGAAAAUAACAUCGAAAGACAAUUCCAACCACAUAAGAGUAGACGAGAAAGUGAAAUCGUAAGAGGGAAGUCGUUGCAAAGGUUAAAUCUAUAGACCUGACCUUCGAAAAUAGUCACGAAAGACUCGGAAAGAGACCACAAAGAAAGGGCCGCUUUAGAGGCUAUUUUUCCGACUUUCAAGUGAAGUGAACAUAAUCUUUUUCUACGACUUUUGAUUAACUGAGCUGAACUAAACUUUCCCCCGACUUUCAACUGAACUGCAACAAACUUUCCCCCGACUUUCAAUUGAACUGAACCCAACCUCUCCCCCGACUUUUAAUCACCUGAACUGAACCAAACUUUCCCCCGACUUUCACCUGAACUUCACCUCAACAUCAUGACAACCCCUGAACCCGAGGAGGCGCCGCUGGGGGUGUUGGAAGAGUCGAGGUUCACGGCCGUCGACUACACCCUCUUCAGCCUCAUGUUGUUGGUGUCAGUGGGCAUCGGCGUCUACAGUGCCAUCAGGAGUCGAGGGCGGGAGUCCACGCAUGACUUCUUGGUUGGCAAAGGGUCCAUGUCUGCACUCCCCGUUGCCCUCUCGCUCCUGGGCGGCGUGAUCUCCGCUAUAUCCAUGUUGGGUAACCCCACGGAGGUGUAUCUGUACGGCACGCAGAUCGCCGGGAAUUUGGUUGGUUUGGUCCCAGGUUGUAUUGUGAUCCACCAGCUCAUCCUGCCCAUCUUCUACAACCUCAAGAUUAUCUCUCUGACUCAAUACAUCGAAAUGCGGUACAAAUCCAGGCCGCUGCGACUACUGGCCACGGUUUGCAACCUCAUCAAUAAGUUUUUCUACAUGGGCAUCUGUCUGUACGCCCCCUCGCUGGCGCUGUCCACCGUCACUAAUCUGUCCACCUUGGCGUCGAUGAUUAUCAUGGGAAGCAUCUGUACCUUCUACAUUACCGUGGGCGGCGUGCGGGCGGUGGUGUACACGGAUGUGAUGCAGACGCUCCUCAUGUUCUGCGGCGUGAUCAUCGUCGUGGCCGUGUGCUGCUCGGACCUCGGCGGUAUCGGCAACGUAUGGGCGGCGGCUGACGACGGUGCGAGGCUGGAGUUCUUCAACAUGAACACAAGUCCCUUCAUCCGCCACACCUUCUGGUCCACCUCCGUGCUCGGGGUCUACUUCAUGAUCAACAAGGUCGGCCUCUACCAGCCGUGCUACCAGCGGUUUGCUUCGGUGGGGAGCCUCAAGGUGGCGCAAAGGCUGGUUAUCUCCUUCCUGGUGAUGCUGUACGCGCUAUGGCUCCUUUGCUACUUAGUGGGCUUGGUGGCGUACGCGACCUACAAGGACUGCGACCCCAUCACCUCCGGCCGCGUCCAGAAGCCCGACCAGAUCCUGCCGUACCUCGUGAUGGAGAAGCUGACGCGGAUGCCUGGCCUGCCCGGGGUGUUCGUGGCGGCCGUCUACGGGGGGGUGCUCAGCUCCCUGUCCAGCUGUGGGAACUCCAUCGCGUGCCUCAUCUGGGAGGACUUCCUCAAGCACCGUCCCUACUUCGCCCGGAUGUCCAACAAUGCCGCCACCAACGUCGUCAAGCUUCUUUCUGCUUUGGCGGGACUGUCGGGCAUCUUCCUGGGCAUCCUGGCCGGCAAGAUGGGCAACAUCAUCCACGUGACGCGCAGUGUGUCGGGCUCCAUCAUGGGUCCCAUGCAGGGCGUAUUCCUGGCAGGCACGUGCAUGCCAUGGGUGAACGCAAAGGGUGCUGUGGUGGGCUUCCUGGUGUCCUUCACGUACAACAUAUGCGUGGUGGUGGGCAAGUUCGCGCGGGGAGGAGGCUCACCUUCCCGCCUCCCCCUUAGCGUUGACGGCUGUCCCGAAAACCUCAGCAACGCCUCCUUUGCCUCCUUCUUCACAAACACCUCACAAAUUACUGGUUUCCCGGACAACACUUCCCUCAUCGAGAAUCUGUUCGACGGUGAAGAUGAACAAUUUCUCUUUACAACCCGUUCCCCAAUGGUGCUGUCAACCGCAGAACCACCACACACGCCGGCAGGACACACGAUAUAUGACAUUUCCUACGCUUUCUUUGGGGCGAGCGGCAUCGUCAUCACCAUGGUGGUCAGCAGCCUCGUAUCUCUCUGUACAAAGCCACUCGCUCCUGGGGAGGUGGACGAGAAGUUGAUGAGCCCCUCCUGUGUGAAGCUUCACCGCGCCGUGUGGAGAGUCUUCAAGGGAGGUAAAUUCCUGACAUCGCCAAAUGACCAACCAGAUAACGAAGCGUCUCUAACCAUGCUGUAUCACCACACCCAGACUGAAUACAAGCCAAAUGCUCAACAUGAUGAAACGAUGAAAUAGGGGAUAAUAAUGUAGUUGAUUGCCUUCUUAUGAAUGUGCCUUCCAGAUUUUGUCAUUGCGACAUCAUGUCCUCUUGUCUCCAUACCAGCUAUUAUCCAGCUAACACUUUAAAUGUGGACUUCUUUUUUAUCAGUUUGUAUAGCUUUUUGGAAGAUACCUCAUCACAUUCCUUAGGCACUGAAUAUAUUUUUUCUAUCAUGCAAUUUCAUGUUGAUCUUAUGGAAUU